AUGUCACCUUUCCGUUUAGAAUUUCCCAUUACAAAGAAGCGUAAACUGAAUGGUAAUUCUGUGUUCAAGAAUGGUAAAAAUCAUAUGGAAAAGAACAACAAUCAGGACUAUAAAAAGAAAAGCUGCAGUAGGAAGAACAGUACCAACAGCAGUACUGGGCCAGUCAUAGAUCUAACAGGUACUGAAGGACAGAAUGAAGGCAUUGAUGAACAAUAUUGGACAAGAAAUAGAGAGGAUGCAGAUAUUGGUGACUGCAGUGAUGUGGCAGAUUUACUCUUCAGCACUGACUUUCAGCCAACAUCUUAUGAUGCUUCAGAUAUUCCUCCUAAGAAUUCUGUGGAAGAUCCAGGUAAUUUGUCCUCUGAUGGAAAACCUUUUGCACAAUCUCAAGGCCUUAUGAAUAGCUUUACACCUUUGGAAAGUGUCUCCCCAGUACACUCUCCACCACCUCAGAAUGAUCUCCCACUAACGAACGCUCCCUCGGCACCAGAGGAUGAUCUUCCAAUGAACAGUCCACCUCUCCCAGAGUACUUUCCCCAAGUGGACAGUCCACCACCCCUAGAAUAUGUUCAAACAAUGGACAGUCCAUCUUCCCAGGAAAACCUCCAUCCAAUGGAAAGUCCACCACCCCCAGAGUAUUUCCCACCAAUGGAUAGUCCCCAACUCCAAGAGGAUGGUCCUGCAGUAAACAGUCUACCACCUCCGGAGUAUUUUCCACCAGUGGAUAGUUCCCAACUCCAAAAGGAUGGUCCUGCGGUGAAUAGUCCACCACCAGUGGAUAGUCCCCAGUUCCCAAACGUUGGUCUUUCGGUAAACAGUCCACCACCUCCAGAGUAUUUCCCUGGAGUAAAAAGUCUCUCUCACCAGGAGGACUUCCCUUCAAUGGACAGUCCACCGCUCCCAGAGUUCUUCUCACCAAGGGAUAGUCCCCCACCACCAGAAGAUGUUCUCCCUGUAAACAGUCCACCUCCCCAAGAGACCUUCCCUGCAGUAAACAGUCCACCACCCCCAGAGUAUUUUUCACCCCCACAAGCACCUAAAAUACCAUCAGCAGCAGAGACUGAGUUUGGAAGUGGGAUACCCUGUGAGGAUCAUGCAAAUUCUUCUGUCAGAUAG